AUGGAUGACUGCAAUGCCACGAAGUACCCGAUGGAACCCAAGGCACAACUUCACAAAGACAUGGAAGGAGCACCAAUUGAUGCUACGGAGUAUAAAAGCAUCGUUGGUUGUCUUAGAUACUUGCUAAACACAAGACCGGAUCUCUCAUAUGUUGUUGGGAUGACGAACAGGUAUAUGAAAAGGCCUACGGCCAUGCAUCACAAGGUGGUCAAGCAAAUACUUAGGUAUUUGAGAGGGACAAUUCACUUUGGGCUCACUUAUGUGAAAGGUCCCCGAGAAGUCGAUAUAUUUGGCUACCUUGACAGUGAUUUAGUCGGUGAUCUCGAUGGGAGGAAAAGCACAAGUGGAAUGGCGUUCUACUUAAAUGAAAGCUUGGUUUCAUGGAAUUCACAAAAGCAAAAGACGGUGGCUCUCUCAUCUUGCGAAGCCGAGUUCAUGGCAGCCACUAUCGCGGCUUGCCAAGCGUUGUGGUUAAGAAGCCUUGUUAGCGAGUUAACCGGAAUGGAGCCAAGAUCGGUAACAUUGUUCGUGGAUAACAAAUCCGCGAUAGCUCUAAUGAAGAAUCCCGUAUUUCAUGGCCGCAGUAAGCACAUAGAUACACGCUUUCAUUUCAUUCGUGAGUGUGUCAAGAAGGGGAAAAUUGUCGUUGAAUUUGUCAACACCGGAGAACAACGAGCCGACGCACUGACCAAAGAAUUGACCGGAGUGAAGUUAGCUGCUAUGCGUUAG